ACUGUAAAAAUAAGGAGGAGGUGUGGUGAGGCUGGAAAUGAGGGGACCACCAAGAGGGGCACAGAGAGGAGAAACUGCUGCUGAGAUCUGAUUCAGAGGGACAAAACACAGAGGAGUUGAAAAUGGCGUACCUGCUCAUGUUUGUGACCCUGCUGCAUCUCAUCACACUGGCAAUGCUGUUCAUUGCAACCAUGGAGAAGUCCUGGUGGGUGUGGGAUGGCCUGGAGAAUUCAGACCUGUGGUACAACUGUAGGUUUGACAACUUCACAGGAACCUGGUUGUGUGCAUCCUCCAGGGAAACUGAUUGGCUUAAGUCAGUGCAGGUCCUGAUGGUUCUGUCAGUGGUCUUCUCCUCGGUCUCCUUCUUGGUGUUCCUGGGUCAGCUGUUCACCAUGUCUAAGGGUGGACUCUUCUACUUCACCGGGCUGUGUCAAGUCUUUGCAGGGCUGACUGCCUUUUCUGCAGCUCUCAUCUACACAUUAAACAAUAAGGAAAUCCUUCAGGACUCCAGAGAGCUGACAGCAGGACACUUUGGCUACUGCUUCAUCCUGGCCUGGGUGUGUGUCCCCUUGUUGCUGUGUAGCGGGGUCAUAUACGUCCACCUGCGUAAGAAAGAGUGACCCAAAAAAAAAAAGGAAAAAAUUGCCAACGACAUUUAUUUUUUGGAGAAAUAAAAAUAUAUAUUAAAUUGAAUUCUGAGAAAUGCUAAUUUUGCAGGAGUCACAGUGUCACAAAUGUUAUGACUUUUGCUCAUGUUUCGGUUGUGUGAUAAUGUUUUUGAAUUGUAGACAGGCCUACAUGUAUAUUGGUUUUCUCUUAAGCAAAAUCCUCAAUAUCAAUCCAAUGUAUAAUGCUCAACUUAUUUUUUAAGACACGUUUACUAUAAGAGGUUUUUGUUGUCUGUUACUGUUGUCCUAUGUUGUCUAAGGAAGCUAAAGCAGUGUUAUGUUUUGUUUAAUUAGUGUUGUAGGUCCUAUGAGGCAUUUGAAUUGUUUUUAAUUUUCCCUAGAACACAUUGGAAAUAUGUAUAUUUUUGUACCUAAAGCUGAUAUGUACAAUACAUUUAGUAACGUUAGCUGCUUUAAAUAAAUACCACACAAAGAA